AUGGACUCACCGUCAGCACAAAACGAAGCCAGUAUGGUUAAUCUGCCAUCAUCACCAUUCGUAUCCGAAAUGGACCAAAGCCGGGUCGCCAGCAAGACAUGGACCGCGCCAGAGGAAAUCGCUGAGAAGCUCGUCGAUGAUCUGUUUGGGACACCCGCCUCCAAAUCCAUGCACAACGCAGUCAUGGAUCUCCAAGAAGACAAGGAGAACAUGCCCGCCAUGAUGACACCCGAAAAGGCUGCUCCAGCGCCAGCAACCCCCGAAGCCAAAUCAACACGCACACCCGCAGAGUCUCCCAGCACCCAACAACGACGCGGCAGUGCAGAUUCCGACCUGAUGCCUCCUCCACCUUCCACUCGCAAGACGCCCAAGAGGACUCCUUUACGGCCGUCUCGUAGCGCCGCCAAUACCCCUCGCGCUACGCUCAGCAGAGGCGAUUCCUUCGAAUCUCACACAACACACGUCCACUCCCAUACCAUGGACAUUCUAUCCUCCCACAAGACCGAGCAAUCAUCCUCUUCAUUUCAAGACGGUCUAGAUCUCCGUGCUUCUCAAAUGCCGGCUCAAGACCUGGCUAACAUGGACGACACUUGUUUCAGCGCCUUCUCGGAGAUUCCURAAAUGACUUUGUUCGCCAAACUCGGCCAGAGUCCGACAAAGACGGGCUUGCGUACACCCGGUCGAGAUGCCACUACACCACGUACCACCCGCAAGCGUCCUUCGCCAUCCCGAUCUCCCUCUCCCACUCCUCGACGACAAAAGACUCCCGCUUACGCAAAUGCGGACGGCACGACCAGCUUCCUCAUCGACUUCACCCAGCAAAUGGGCGACCUCUCCAACAUGGGCAGCUACCGUCAAAAUUCACCCGGAAAGUCUGAGCCGAACUUGCUACAAUACAUGAACUCUCAACGCUCUCCCCACAAGUCGACUCGCAACAGCUACGCCACGCCCAGCAAGCCCAACAACAUUCUCAACCUGCUCGACUUUGAGCUCCCGCCUGCUCCUACUCCUCGAUCCAUUCCUACCAUUACUGUCCGCGAGCUCGAAUCGCUCAAGUCUAGCUACCUUUCACAAAUCUCGUCUCUCAAGGCUACCCUGAGUGGUCGUGAGGCGGAGGUCGAGAGUCUGAAGCGUGCUGUGGGUGAUGCCGAGAGAAGAGUAGGUGAAGCGCAGGAGCAAGUUCGGGAAGAGCGAGGCAGGAGAGAAGACGCUGAAGAAGCAAAGGCGGGUUGGGAGAAACGUGGGCAGGAGGUUGAGCAUGUGUUGAAGAGUGUGAAAGAGGAGGUCUACCGCAGUGAAGCAGAAAAGGAAGAUCUCCAUCGUAAGGUGGAAGAGACGGAGCGUCUUGUGGCAGAGGCUGAAUCUCGUGCUGCCAAGGCUGAAGAACGCUUCGCCGAUGCGCUGGCUGCCAGAGGCGGGAGUGGUGACGGAGAGGAGGGCAUGUCUGCGACUGAAGAACAAGUCCAGCGUCUUGUUGCGGCGCAGWUCGACUCCAAGAUUGAGGCAGUCUCCCGCGAGCUCCAUUCAGUCUACAAGGACAAGCWCGAGCGCAAGGUCGCGACGUUGAAGAAGAGCUAUGAAGCGCGGAACGCCAUGAAGUGUGCGGAUCUGCAAAACCGGCUKGCCGAGCUGGAGAAGAUGAAUGAUGAGCUUGUGAAUGCUCGCGAUGCCACCUUUACUGGGGAGCGGUUCGGCGAGCAGAGGAGUGGAGAGGAGGCUGCUGUACUCAAAGCUGAGAUUGAAGCGCAGCGCGCUCAUCUCGCGAGAGUGGAGGAGGAAAUGCAGACUUCUCGAAUGCAGCAGGAGCAACUCAUGAAGGAACUCCAGCAGGAGAGGAUUGAGAAGGGAGACCUGGUGGCUGCUGUGGAUGAGAUGUUAUUAUUACAAUCUGAGCAAGGUCCAGCCAAGGGUGCGAUGAGUGUUGUGGAAGACUUUCGCAAAUCCAUCAGCCGGCCUAGCGGGUUGAAGGCGCCGGGCAGUAUGGCACCGCCGGAGAGUCGCAUUGGAGGUGGCAGUCGGAUUGGUGGUUUGGGCAGGUCAGGCAGCAAUGCAGGCAAGAGCAAGAUCAUGUCCAGUAUUGAGAAGAUGGGUCGGGCUGGAGGGCAUGAGUAG